GCCCUAAGUAGUUCAGUAUUAAUAGAAAAAGGAACGCUAGCCAUUUUCUUUUUCCCUCCUUGCUGUCGCCUCGUCGCAACUUCCGCCAGUGGCCGUAUAUUUAUAUUUAUUUGUAUGGUACGACGUUAAAAGAAAAGAAAAAAGAGAUAAUAAAAGGAAGAGAACACAGCGAGACACCAUCAUGUUCCGCCGCACCUUCGCCACAGCCUUCCAGGCGACCCGCGCCGCGCGUGUAUCGCUCGUGAUCAAGCAGUUAGAAGGUAACGCGCCACUGACGAAGAAGGACAAGCCGGUCAACUCUUGGGCCGAUGAGUUCAUGAAGCCGCCCCAGUCGGAUGAGAUGACGAAGAAGUACGGUCGCUACGCCAAGUACUCCGACCCCGCCCUGUGUGACGUGGAUACGUCGGAGGAGGUAGUGCUGAACACGUACCCCGACGGCGCCGCGCCGGGCCGCAUCGAGACCACUGCGGGGGUCGCGCUGAAGGACUUCGACGCGUCUAUGUGGGAUGAGGAGUUCUUCCGCAAGCACAUCCUCAAGCCGAAGCUCGCCGACGACCUGCAGGACCGCGCGCGUGUGACGGACUACGCGCUGAACUCGGCCAUGCUCGGCUUUGUCAUUCUCAUGGCCCGCUACGCCCUGCUGCCGCUCUGGUACGUGGGCCAGCCCGCCCUGUCGAUGGUCGGCCAGAUGAACAUCGAGGCCGAGGUUGGUGCCCUCGAUGAGAAGGAAUGCAAGACGGUGGUGUGGCGCGGUAAGCCGGUCUUCGUCUACCGCCGCUCGGCUCGUCAGAUGAAGGAGGUGACGGAGACGCCGAUGUCUGCCUUGAAGGACCCGGAGACCGAUGAGGCGCGCUUCCCUGACCAACGCGAGAAGGCCGUCGUGAUUGCCAUCUGCACCCACCUCGGUUGCGUGCCGAUUCCGAACGAAGGACUCUUCAACGGGUUCUUCUGCCCCUGCCACGGCAGCCACUACGACCCGUCAGGCCGUAUCCGCCAGGGUCCGGCGCCGCUGAACCUCGAGGUGCCGCCGUACCGCUGGAUGGAUGAAAACACCAUCUACAUGGGCAAGCUGUAA